UUCAAAAAUAGUCAUAACUUGCUAGUGCCGCUGUCAAAGCGGGAAUGUAGAAAUCAAGUUUGUUGAUUCCAAGUGAUUGUACCUGAGUGCUACGCGGCCUUAUAAAUUAAUUUCACCAACCACAAUGCCGCCGAGUAGCCUUCGAGUGGUGUACGCGUUCGCUAGAGAAAUGCAUCCAAAAACGACCGACGUUUUCAUACAAUACGGCACUGCCGGAUUCCGUACCAAAGCCAGUCUUCUAGAACAUGUAGUUUACCGUAUGGGACUUCUCGCAGUGCUUCGUUCUCGAGUCAAAAAUGGUCGCACUAUUGGCAUCAUGAUAACCGCCUCGCACAACCUUGAACCAGACAACGGUGUGAAACUCGUCGACCCAGACGGUGAAAUGUUGGAACAGAGCUGGGAAGCAAUUGCAACGAGGCUCGCUAAUGUCAGCGACAAUGACUUAGAAUCAACAACCGGCGAAAUCAUUAAAGAGGUGAACUCGGAUAUGGCUUUAAAGGCAAGCGUCUACAUCGGCAUGGAUACAAGAUAUACAAGUCCCCGUCUCGCCGCGGCUGCGGUUCACGGAGUGAUGGCUCUGAAGGGAACAGCGAAGGAAUUUGGCAUCGUCACGACUCCCAUGCUGCACUUCUGUGUCAAGUGUCGCAACGAUAACACGUAUGGAACUCCCACCGAAGAAGGCUAUUAUGAAAAGAUUGUCGGUGCGUUCAAAAACAUCUGCCAGAAGUUACCCGUGGUCGGCGACUACAAUACCACGCUCUAUGUCGACGGCGCUAAUGGUGUAGGAGGGAAGAAACUGAACAUCAUCAAAAAGAGCUUAGACGGAGAACUCGAUCUGGUUCUCUAUAACCUCGGCGGGAAUGGCGGAAAAUUGAAUUUGAAUUGUGGUGCGGAUUUCGUCAAAGUAUCCCAGAAACCACCGGUUGGAGUUGAACAUGUGCCAUAUCAAAGAGUGGCUUCACUUGAUGGGGAUGGAGAUCGUCUUGUAUAUUAUUAUUUGGAUGACAAAAAUGAAAUGCAUUUACUCGACGGAGACCAGAUCGCGAUCCUCCUAGCGAGCUAUAUAACGGAGCUGUUGAAGUCCUGCGGAGCGCCAGAGCUUCGCCUCGGACUUGUUCAAACCGCGUACGCUAAUGGUGCUUCCACACGCUACAUUACUCAGGAUCUGAAAAUUCCAGUGACGUGCGUGAAGACUGGUGUAAAACAUCUCCACCACGCAGCGCUGUCGUACGACAUCGGGAUAUAUUUCGAGGCGAAUGGUCACGGGACUGUCGUUUACAGCAAAGAAGCCAAGAAUGUAGUCAGGAAGAUCGCUGAAGAAGGUGAAGCGGAACAAAGGAAAGCGGCUGCGCUGCUGUUGAACUUCAUCGACGUGACCAACGAGACGGUGGGCGACGCCAUAUCGGACCUGUUCCUCGUGGAGAGCGUGCUGCGCGCGCGCGGGAUGGACGUGCGCGCCUGGGCCGCGCUCUACCGCGACCUGCCCUGCCGGCAGCUCAAGGUCACCGUGCAGGAUCGAAAUGCAAUCUCAACGACUGACGCCGAACAGCAAUGCACGGCUCCCGAGGGUUUACAAACGAAGAUAAACGAGCUAGUGUCAAAAUACACAAGCGGUAGAUCGUUCGUCCGGCCGUCCGGAACUGAGGACGUAGUGCGAGUGUACUCUGAGGCGGACACGCAGGAGUCAGCAGAUAAAUUGGCAGCCGAAGUCGCCCAAGCAGUUUUCGAUUUAGCCGGAGGAGUCGGUGAUAGGCCGGAAUUACCUGAAUAGUUUAUUUAAUAUCUACAUUAUAGUGAUCUGAAAAUAUUAUUAAAUCAUAACUCAUACGACCCAAUUGGCAUAGUACUUUCUAAACGUUUUCAUUAUAUUUCAUCUUAUUUUAUUAGACAUUUUUAAUCAAUAUUAAUCAUUAGUAUAUAGAUGACCAAGUAGAAAACAUGACCUUAAAGUGACGUUUAUUCCUUGCGUAUUAAAAUAUUAUUAUAAAAUAAAAACGUCUUAUUGUAAUGUGAAGAUUAUUUUAUUAUAAUGUAUCCAAAUAUGGAAGAAUACUGAGAAUAAUUCAAAUAGAAAUGCAGUCACUGAAAUAUGCAGUAUUGUUGCCUUUGGAAAGAGCCAUGACGUCAUAUGCGCUCUGACGUCGGCGUGUCAUUUGUACUAGCAUAAACAUAUAUCUUAAUUUAAUUUUUGAAAUAUAUUUAAAUAAUUGCCUUUAAUUAAAAUACCCAAUUUAGCUAUUGUGGAUCUGAUAUUAAUGUCAUUUUCAGUCGUGUCGCAAAUUUUAAUAGUAAUUUAAGUAUCGAUCAACAUAAACAAUUAAAAUAUUUCAACACGAAUUAAAAUUAAAUGUGAUAUUCGAACUAGAGCUGCCAUAUUAUUCUUUAUAUUGUAAGAUGAUACAAAAAAAUUAUAGACUUUCGGAAAGGGGUAAAUGUAACUUUGUUUUUCACCGUCCAAUUUAAUAGAAUUUGAGAGCACUAAAUAAUAAAAAAAACUUUGUUUAAUGAUGUCUGUGAAAGUAACUAGUCUGAUGAGAUUAUAAACAAUACAACGCUUUACUAGUCGAGUAUAUUUCGAAUUUCUUUUACUAAUUUUUGAUGAAUAAUUUGAUUUUCUGUAUUAUAAUUUUAUGCACAAAAUAAAAGUUUUAUAAAAGGUUGUAUGAAUAAGUAAGAUAAAAACUGCUUAUAUAGUAUGUUAUGGUGGAAAUAAUACUUUCAAACAAAUAUGUAGUCAAUUAAAAAACCAAAAUCGAGUUUAAUUUGUAUUAUGUUAAUUUUAUUUGUAUGUAUGACUUUUUUAAUUAAUUUUUAUUUAAAAUAAAAAAAUGAUUUUAUUUAUGACUUGUGCAAUCCAGACGAAGAACUGAAAUAACAUGAUUACCAUCUAAAUAUAUUAUCAUAAUUUCCAGACAAAACAAAUAGUCUAUAGAAUAUUAACAAAAUAUAAUAUCACAAUUUAUAAUUAAGUUUGUAUGCAAUGAUUAAAAAGGGAACAGUGUACAUUAUACUUUAAAAGUAAUAUAAUAUAUAUAUGUAUUUAAUUAAGGUCUUUUCCAUUCGACGCUAAAUAAAACAACAAUAACAUUUAUAUUUUUGGUCAUGGUAAAAGUAUUAAUAUAUUAUAACAACUGCCAAUUACUUUACAUGAAAAUAAUAUAAUUUAAAAAAAAAAAAACUACAAAGAAGUUCUAACUGUAAUUUGCAUUUAUUUGGCGGCCAUUUUGAAAUUACAAUAUUUGUUAUUGUGUUCCAUGUUUAAAAUAAUCAUGUUGCUUGUUUUAAAAAGUUAUUAAUAAUGAUUUAUAUUAAUUUUAUAUAAACUUUUUUAAUUUUAUUGGUAUUCUAAAGUGCUGUUUGGAUUCCAUAAAAGCCUCGCAUACUAAAGACCUUAAACAUUAAUAACUUCUAAUAGGUUUUUUUUUAUUAUUUCAAGUAUAAUUAUAAGUUCAUUUUAUUUUUAAAUAAACAAAUUAGUACUAUAAGAUAAUAAUUUUUUAAACAAUUACGUAAUUUUUUUUAGAUUUUCUCCACAACUUCACUUUCAAAUUAAUUUAAAAGAAUAAUGUAUGCGGUAUAAAUCCGGUUAUAUUUUUACUAUAUAAGAAAAAUAGUAUAACCUUAUCCGUGGUAGCUAAUUUUUAUUUCUCAUACAUACUGUUUUUUAUAUAUUUUUUGUUAAUAAUUCAUUGAAUUUAGAGAUAAAAGUGUUAUUCUUAAUUCCAUACAGCAUUUGAUAAAUUAGUAAAGUAUUAAAAUAAAAAACAAUUGGGCAACUGUUUUUUCCAUUUUUUUUUUUAUUUACGAAUGGUUAUGUAGACAUAGAAAUAUGCUAAAAGUAUUUUAUCAAAAAUGCGAUAAAAAUACGAUACCAAUAUUUGUGACACAUUUAUCGCGUUUAUAUUUUGAUCUAGGUGUGGUUAAUCUCAAGCAUGCGAUAAACAAUUGUUUUUAUAAUAAACAUAUUUUUUUUCGAGUAGUUUUGUCUUAUACACCAAAAAUAUUAAUAGUAAUUUUUAUUUAAUGUAUUUUUAACAA